AUGAUCGAGACCUCUGGAUGCAAUAAGCAAGAUGAGAUUUGGGCUCAAGACUUUUUUGAGCCCGGCUACAUGAGCAUACCGGGAUCCAACGGCCCCGUUAGCAUACAUAUCAUGAUAAGAUCUGCUCAAGACUACCGCAGCGCCGGACGCAAGGUCUUCCAAGACCUGAGGUCCAAUACAGUAGGGGCUGUCCAGCACCUAGCGGGAGGUGUUACCACUGACUCGACAGGCAAUCUGGAGACUGUACCUCCUUACAAACACAACAAGAAGUCGUAUCCUGCCGGACGAGCUGUGAUGGGCUCGGCGGGGAAGAGGCCGUUCAUGAUGGACUUCCUUGACGCUCAGGAGACGCAAGCCCCGAUCGAACUCGACACCUCGUGGCUUGCGGUCCAGCAUACGGAUGAAUUCAUGCAGUUUCUUCCCGUUGAAAGUGAGCGCGGCUGGGUCAUGAUGGUCGAUGAUCCUCGUGCGGGCCUCGAGAUACUCCAAAAGGCUCAGCAGGACGGCCAUGGCAAGGAAAUGGCCGUUUCCCGUUCCAAGUCGCCGACUGAUCGGGCCAAAUGGCGUGUUACUAAUACCAUAGACGAACUGUUAAAUGUCACCAACUUUGCUGGUUUCCAGGAAUCCUGCGCGGGCCAUAUUGAAGAAAAUAUCAAUAUAAUCAAGCGAGAAACAGGUAUUACCGAUGCGGAAAUCAUUCGCAUUCCUUCGCUCUAUCAGGUUUACAAGAGCAAGGUUUGGCAGUAUGCGGGGAAUAAGCCUCGCACCGAUGAGGAAAUCCAAACCAUUUUCAGCGAUAUUUGGCAAUCGGGUAACGGCAAACAACGCCGCCAGGUCCAUGAUCUGGUCCAUGCCCAGACAACUAGGAGGCUCGGGGAGCAACAGGGACAACAGCUAGCGAAGGAUUCCGAGAAGGAUGGUAGCGUCGGAUGGCAUGAUGCUCUCGAAGCCGGCACACCACCCCAAGAGUUGAAGAAUUACCAGCCAGAAACCGCGACAGCGAGGAGCUUAGAGGGCCGUCAAGAACAGGGCAAUGGGCCUGCCGUCGCCCUCUAUCCCGGCACUAUCAAUAGCGUUGUUCUGAACAAUAAGCAGAUUCUCGCCCCAAACCCAUGGGGACCGGUGAUUGAGGGCCAGGAUGUGUUAGCCGCCGCAGUGAAUGCGGCCUACCAGAAGGCCAACUAUACGGUUCUUUAUAUGGAUGACUGGUUCACGCAUCACGAAAAGGUUGGCGAAGUUCACUGCGGCUCGAAUGCCAUUCGUGAACUUCCGGCUGUCAAGUGGUGGUAG